AUGGAAAGUCUAACGUUGAGUGAUGUCGAGCAGAAAUAUUACUCAGAUUUGUUCGUUUACUGCGACACGGACAACACCAAAAAAGUGGCUUCUUAUGGAAGAGUUCUUGACCUUUUCCGGGCGGCCCAGCUACCUAGCGAAGUCGUCAUACAGAUUACGGAAUUGUGUGGAGCCACACGUCUUGGUCACUUUGGACGCAGCCAGUUUUACAUUGCCCUAAAGCUCAUUGCCAUUGCCCAGUCGGGCCUGCCUCUCAGAGUAGAAAGCCUCAACUCAGUCAAGGACCUGCCACUGCCCAGGUUUGUGGUGGGCAAGAAUGAGGGAGAAACAAGGCAUGUGGCGUUAUACCAGGACCCGGAUGGUCAGGGGUUGUACCCUGCCUCCGCCACUGCGUUAGUACCAAGACCGCCAGGCAGGGGUCACCAGAACAAGAAAGUCACACCCUCUGCAAGCGUCCAUCCUGUCCACGAGCCAGUUCAGCCCACUGCGCCUAGCAUAGAAACACAGCAAGCAGAACCAACAUCCCCCGUAGUCUCCCCUCACCAGUCCCCACCUACCUCCCCACCUUCUUGGAGGAAGCACAAACGGCAGCACAGUAGCGGAAACGCAGAUAGACAACCAAUAGUGGCACCGUCUGGAGCUGUUUGGACACAGUUCCGGGAGCCACAACCUGCUCCUGCGGCAGGUGAUGGGAUGUGGCCAUCACACUCGCCCCCGCUUCCAGGUCAGGAAAGUUGGGUCAGUUUCACAGCUGACACGCCGCCAUCAAGCACAGUCCCUGGAGCUCACCCCUCUUCCCUUCAGGAAAGCACAACGAUACGAACCGCAAUGGCCACUGCCGCCACAGGAUCUGCGAACAAUGACAUCCAGCGACAGUCCAGUGGCUAUGAUGAUCCCUGGAAGAUCACAGACGAACAGAGACAGUAUUAUAUCAACCAGUUCAAAACCAUUCAGCCGGACCUUACUGGUUUUAUACCAGGUUCAGCAGCGAAGGAGUUCUUCACCAAGUCCAAAUUACCAAUUUUAGAGUUGUCGCAUAUUUGGGAGCUUUCAGACUUCGACAAAGACGGCGCACUCACUCUGGAUGAAUUUUGUGCUGCUUUCCACUUGGUGGUAGCCAGGAAGAAUGGGUACGACCUCCCCGAGAAGCUGCCUGAGAGCUUAAUGCCAAAGCUGAUUGACCUAGAUGACUCAGCAGAAGUCCCGGAGCCGACAGCCGAUGUUGGCUUUUCGGCAUCCCCUGUGGAGGUCACGCCCAACAAGUCUCCUUCCAUGCCUUCGCUCAACCAGGCUUGGCCGGAGAUAAACCAGAGCAAUGAGCAAUGGGAGACGUUUAGCGAGCGUUCCUCCAGCUCACAAACUCUGACCCAAUUUGACUCUAACAUUGCACCAGCUGACCCUGACACGGCCAUCGUCCACCCCGUUCCCAUCCGAAUGACCCCCAGCAAGAUCCACAUGCAGGAAAUGGAACUGAAGAGGACUGGCAGUGAUCACAACCACCCAACCAGUCCGCUGAUGGUAAAACCACCAGAAGUGUCUGAAGAAGCCAAACUACCCGCCGCCAUGAAGUUUGUACCAGCAAAUGCCGUUGGUGAUGGUUAUAGCAGUUCAGAUUCCUUCACCUCUGAUCAAGAGCCUGUCGCAAGGCAAAGGUCUCAGUCAGGCGCAUCACCUGAAGCUCUAAAAGUGGUGGCUCCUCCUCCACCUCCGCCCCGACCUCACGCAUCACACUCCCGCUCCUCGUCAUUGGACAUGAACCGCACCUUUGCUGCCAGCUCAGCCCAAGGACAGUCACAGCCUGCCGCCAUAGCUUUCCCACCUGCUGUGCCUCCUCGACCGCUUCCCACACAGUCCUCAGUACCGCACACAGGACAGCGCGCCGAAGCCGAGGGUACGCCUGGAGCAGGGGCUGCGCUCACCGCCACGUCCCCUCAGCAGAUCCCUCAGCAGCCCAAUUUCGCAGACUUCAGUCAUUUUCAGGCCUUUGCUGCAUCUGAGCAACCUUCUAGCCUGCCCGAGGUUGAUAAGCACAGUGAUCCAGCACAGGGGGACAAGUCUUCAGAAGGAGCUGGGCCCUUGAGAUCAGUCAAGAGUGAAGGCCAAGCUGAUGAAAGAACCGCCACCACUGUUAACUCUACCAAGGGCUCGUCUGGCCCUUUAGCCCCUCCUCCUAAACCUGUUCGUCGCAGGUUGAAGUCUGAGGAUGAGUUGCGGCCUGAGGACGAGCAGCAUGGCCAGCAGAAGCCAAACAUCAUAGCUGCUGCCCUGGCUACUCAGCCUUCUAUCCCAAGGUCAAUAGGUAAGGACAAAAAAGCGAUACAAGCAUCAAUCAGAAGAAACAAGGAAACAAACACGGUGUUGGCAAGACUAAACAGUGAAUUACAACAACAGCUGAAGGACCUGCUUGAAGAGAGGAUAUCUUUGGAAGUGCAGCUAGAGCAGCUCAGACCUUUCUCUCAUCUUUAA